AUGGCUAGAUCUGGGAUAAAUGGAAAUUUUAUUGAUAAAACCUUUUCAAUUGUAGCCAAUAUCUUAUUACGAAUAAUUCCGACAACUUCAGGAGAAAAAGAGGCAUUCACCUAUUACAGAGAUGGUAUGUCGGCUCAAUCCGAAGGAAAUUAUGCGGAAGCUUUACAGAAUUAUUAUGAAGCUAUGCGACUGGAAAUUGAUCCUUAUGAUCGAAGUUAUAUACUUUAUAACAUAGGCCUUAUCCAUACAAGGAACGGAGAACAUACAAAAGCUUUAGAAUAUUAUUUUCGGGCACUAGAACGAAACCCGUUCUUACCACAAGCUUUUAAUAAUAUGGCCGUGAUCUGUCAUUACCGGGGAGAACAGGCCGUUCAGCAAGGAGAUUCGGAAAUUGCGGAGGCUUGGUUCGAUCAAGCCGCCGAGUAUUGGAAACAAGCUAUAGCGCUUACUCCUGGUAAUUAUAUUGAAGCACAGAAUUGGUUGAAGAUUACAAGGCGGUUUGAAUAA